UGUCACGGGUACUAGAUAGGAAUCUAUAGCCUGGACAGCCACUUCUUCUGAUGUACUUUGAGGUGGUGGGGGAAUUCGUUACAAGCAGCUGAAGGAAUCAUGGAGUUUACUUUUUCGGUAUUUAUACUUCUGUUGGCAUCGCUGAGCCUUGUACUUGGGCAAGAUGCCGCUUUCUGGAAUAACCAGGCUCGAGAUUCUAUCCAGAAGGCCCUUGAACGGGAGCUCAACAUCGGGGAGGCUAAGAACAUCAUCUUCUUCUUGGGAGAUGGGAUGAGUGUACCUACGGUGACGGCAGCCCGUAUCAGACAAGGACAACUGAAGGGAGAGACCGGAGAGGAGAAUAUCUUGGCUUGGGAAACGUUUCCACAUGUUGGAUUGAUAAAGACGUACAACACGGAUGCCCAGGUGCCCGACUCUGCCGGUACCGCCACGGCCUUCUUCUCCGGUAUCAAGACUAAAUCAGGAGUUGUCGGCAUCGACGACCGUGUCGAGUAUGCCGAUUGCGAGAGCGGGGUGGGUGGCGAGGUCGACUCGGUUCUCGUUAAUGCCCAUAAUAUCGGGAAAGCAACGGGCGUCAUCAGUACAGCUCGCAUCACCCACGCCACGCCCGCUGCUACCUACGCACACGUAGCUAAGAGAGGUUGGGAGGUAGACACUGAGAUGAUCGAAGACGGAGAGGAUGGGAAAGGCUGCAAGGAUAUCGCUCUUCAACUCAUCGAAGACAACUCAUUUAUCAAGGUCAUCCUUGGGGGAGGAAGAAGGAUGUUUUAUAAUAACACUGAACUUGACCCGGAAGAUCCAAGCGACAGAGGUAACCGUACAGACGGGAGGAAUCUGAUCGAGGAGUGGCAAGAGGGCAAGGCCAACGCCUACUACGUUUGGAACAAGGAACAAUUUGACGCGAUUGACGAGGACACCACCGACUAUCUGUUUGGUCUCUUCGAAGAUUCCCAUAUGAGAUACGCCAGCGAAUCUGAGGAGGGUAAUGACCCUAGUUUGGCCAGCAUGACCGAGAAAGCUAUUAAGAUGCUACAAAAAGAAGAAAAGGGGUUCUUUCUCGCUGUCGAAGGUGGACGUAUAGACCACGCCCACCAUGCUGGUAACGCCUACAACGCACUUGGAGAUGCCAUAGCAAUGUCAGACGCCGUUGCUAUGGCCUUGGAGAUGACGAGUGAUAGCGAUACACUCAUCGUAGUAACUGCAGACCACGCCCACACCAUGAGUAUUGGUGGAUAUCCUGACAGAGGGAAUAAGAUUCUUGGAUUAGCUGGAUAUUUCGGGUCGGACGAUCUGCCCUUUACUACCUUGGGUUAUUUGAAUGGUCCUGGGGCCGAGGAGGUGCGUCAAAGUUACAGUGAUACUGGGAUGAGGCCCAAUCUAACUGAAAUAGACACAGAGGAUAAGGACUACUUACAACAGGCUAUCGUCCCACUCUCCUCCGAGAGCCACGGCGGUGACGAUGUCGCCAUCUACGCCACUGGACCUAUGGCCCAUCUCUUCCAUGGUGUCCAAGAACAGAGUUACAUUGCUCACGUGAUGCGCAACGCUGGUUGCUAUGACGAAACUGACACAAUGAACGCUUGCUUAAACUUAAACUCAGCAUCGAGUAAUAUCCCAAGCGCACUUCGUGUGUCACUAAUGGCCCUUUUAUCCGCCAUGAUCACUUAUUUCUUUUAAGUUUGUCGACACUAUCGUAACGCUUAAUCUUUAAAUCUUUGUGAUAUUCCUGCAAAUGAACCCUCGUGUGCACAACGGGCACUAGGAACCCUGCCAUUUUAUCUUCUAUUUUUUCUCUUAACAUAUUCUUCACCAACAUUUGAUUUAAUAGGCAUAUUAAAUAUUUUCAAAAAUUACGUCACAUUUGUCAGACUAUGAUAAUUUUCUGAUUCUAUAGUACUUAAUUCAUUCGUCCCUAUUUUAUAGAAAAAUCUGAAAUGUAUAAUUUAAUUGUAUAUUAUUUUAUACGACAACAAGUACAUAUAAAUGUACAUGAUAACAUCACUUUCUACGUUUAAUUUUUCUUAAAUUAAAGACACAGCUAGGCUACGUCUCUUUUCUCAAGUGUAUGAUAAUGAUGCAAUAGUUUUUAUGAUUAUCAUAUGCAAUGGUUUUAACAAGUAUAUAUCUGAGCAUGUAUAGGCCUUUUAAUACAUUUGGGUAAUAAAUAUUUUAUUAUAUUCCCUA